AUGGCCAAUACGUCCAACAAGCGCAUGGGACCAACAGGGUUUUCGGAUAUCACAAGUGACAGGAUCAGCAGCCUCCCUGAUGAGAUUCUCCACCAUAUCCUGUCUCUCAUGACUGCACGAGAAGCAGUGCAGACAUGCGUGCUAUCCACGAGGUGGCGCGGCGUUUGGAUGUCUUUGCGGUGCAUUGAAGUUGAGGCACAGGAAUUCACCAACAUGGAGAGAUUUGUGAUGUUCAUGGACAACCUACUACUGCGCCGUGGUUUGGUACCUCUAGAUAGCUUUUCCCUCAUGGGCUGGAGCGAUGAUUUUUCCCUUAACCAUCCCAGAGCUAACCUGUGGGUCUGCCACGCCCUUAGGAGCAAUGUCCGUGUGCUUCAGAUCUUCAGCCGUAAAUUAUUUAAUCUUGAGUACUCUCCCUUCAUUUCGUCGCAUCUGAAAAUACUCAAUCUCCGUGAUGUUUCCAUCGCUGCCCUCUUCAUUGAGAAGCUCUUUUCUGGCUGUCCGCAGCUGGAAGAACUAUCAUUGGUAGACUGUCGUGUUCCUGCCACCAAGUUCUCCUCUAGGACCCUGAAGAAAUUAACAUUUAUCGCACAUACCCCCUAUGGUGCUGAUGAUGUCCAUACUGAUUUUGAAGACCUUGUCAUAGAUACCCCUAGUCUUGUUUCGCUGCAUCUGGAGGACAUUCCGUUGUUAACUCCUUGCCUUGUGAAUGUCUCAUCUGUUGUCAAGGCUUCAUUUCGCCUGGAUGAAGAAUGUUUCUCGAGUCCUUAUGUAAGCUGCAAUAUUAUCAGUGCCCUGUCAAAUGUUACGAAGUUGAAGUUGUUCUUUGGACUUGACAAUGAAACUGCAAGCAAGGUUCUAAGAAGAGAUCUCUGGAGGUGCCAGGCAUUCAACAACCUGAAAACUUUGUCUGUCAGUGGCUGGUGCAUAGAUGUUGACCUCCGUGCACUGGUCUACUUUCUUCGACGCUCACCUGCCUUAGAGAAACUUACUCUGUGUCUCAGCCAGGCUAGAGCUUCAGACAGGCUUCGCCGAAGGGACAACACAGAGUCCGAGGAAACAAGCACAUCGUUUAAUUGUAAACAUCUGAAGAAGGUCAAGAUCAGAUGCCCUCAGGGUGACAAAAGGGUGGGCAAUAUUCUGAAUGUCAUACUUGCUAGCGCCUCUCUCCCGGAAAUUGUCAUCAAUCCGUACGAGCGCUGGGAUCCUUUGGAGUAA